AUGGCAGAUCAACAAGAAGACCAGCCUCCAUACCCGUCUUGGGAAGAGCUCUGGGAUCGGCAUGAAAAUGCACCAGGCCAGACCGUAGAAGAGGUCAUGGCCCGACCUCCUCUGCCCCGGUUUGCCGAAUACACUUACCGCCUCUUCUGGCACUUUCGCGACGACUUCCCAGCCUGCAUCUCCGUCGCCCUCGUCGAGCGGGUCGAAGAGGAUGCUGAGCCAUUCUUCAAACCUUUCGAGGAUGGCGCCGCUGGCGACGGCGGCACGUGGCACGAGAUUGCAGACUGGCCCCUGACCGAGCCCAAGGUCUCGUCGAUCAACGCCUCCAGCUACGACCUCGAACAGCUGGAGGGCGAUUGGGUCGCUACGCACCAGGAACAUUGUGGGGAUAAUGGCGAAUGGGUGAAUUACGGGGAGCUUGGCCGCAGCGACAUAAAGCCGACCAUCAGGGAGAGGGAACCUCCUGAUUGGACCUGCAGGGGUGAUACAAAGUGUCUCGUGCGAUGUUGUGGAGAGGAUCGGCCGGUAGGGAAAAAGGGCCAGAAGGUGACCGUGACACCCUCUCCCAGCCAUGACUUCGUGACGGUCAAGGACUACCUCAGCAGCAAGUUCGAAACAUGUUUUCUCCGCCUCAUUCCUACCUCGACGUAUCCAGCUAACACUAUAUAA